ACUCCACGCCGGCCGCUCGCGCACGAUCAGCUGUCCGACCACAAUACGCCGACACCGGCCGCGACGCGAGCUGUCAAUAAGCCGCAGUGCGGUGUAACAUGGAGCUUCUGUGCGCGGAGCGCGUGAGUCCCGAUAGCGGCGAUGUGGGCCGGGCACCGCCGGCGGUGCGAGCCCACCGGGCCGCCGCGCCGGACCCGGUGCUGCUGCGGCGCCGCGUGCUCGACAACCUGCUGCGGACCGAGGAGCGCUACGCCGUCACCGCCAACUACUUUGGCACCGUGCAGACCGAGGUCACGCCGCACAUGCGCCGCCUCGUCGCCGAGUGGAUGCUAGAGGUGUGUGAAGACCAGGGAUGCCAGGAGGAGGUGUUUCCACUGGCGAUAUCUUACUUGGAUCGGUUCCUGAGCACGUGCGCGGUGAGCAAGAGCCAAGUCCAGCUGCUGGGCACGGCGUGCCUACUGCUGGCGUCCAAGCUGCGCGAGCCCGGUUCCCGCGCGCUGCCUGCUGAGCUGCUCGUCUUCUACACUGCCAACAGCAUCACACUGGCCGACUUAUGUAGUUGGGAGCUGCUGGUGCUGUCGAAGCUAAAGUGGGACGUCGCGGGAGUGACAGCUCACGACUUCCUGCCGCUUCUGCUCUCGCGGCUACCACUGCGUGGCCUCGUCAACACCGAAAUGGUGCACAGACACGCGCAGACUUUCAUCUCGCUAGCUGCUAGAGACUACGAGUUCACGCUGUACUCGGCGAGCACACUGGCGUCGUGCAGCAUCGCGGCGGCAUUGCGCGGCCUCGGCCUUGACGGCCAUCUGCCGCGGCUGCAUGAACUCACGCGCAUUGAUUUGGAUUGUCUCCAAACAUGCCUGGAGCAGAUAGAGGAGAUGGUGCAGCACAUGAUCGAGGACGGCAGCACGGGGAACCCAAACGGGCAGGCACGCGAGGCCGCGGCCUGGACGCCGCCGCCGACGCAGGACAAGAGCCACAGUAACGCCGCCACGCCCACGGACGUGCGCGACGUGCACUUCUGAACUACGUGCACGUCCACCGCCGCGUCCCGUGACCCACGGACGAUUGCUUUAAUUACGGUGCAUUAGUACGAAAAUACUUUAAACUAUCAUGUUCAAGAUGCCCGUGAUCAAGGACUGAACCCAAGACUGACAAUCAUAUGUCUCUAACGUAGGUAAUUUUGUACGUAUCUUACUAAUCGCAACUUGCGCAUACAUAAUAAAUAAGUGUAAGCCCUGCGUGCUACUUGUAAUUUGCCUCUAGUCUGUGCGUUCACUAAAAUUGUUUUGCAUUGAACGAGUUUUCUUUAGAUAGAACUCUUUCAGGUCUAGUUUUACGGUUCUUGAAAUUACAAUCUACCUCUUAAUAAUUUAAGCUUCAAUUUCACCUGCCGAGUGCUCUAAUAAAUCUGUAAUAGUUUGCUAAUCAAAUAGCUGUUACAAAUAGAUAGUCAUUACCUUGUUACAUGUUCGUAUGGGACCAAAGUUAGCUUCACAUUUUUUCUUAUUUUAUAACAUAAACUGACUCAACCCUUCAGUUAUUCUGUAAUUAAAUAUAGUAGUUUUAUCAAGUAGCGUUUGUAAGUAAGAUAUAUUUAUCAGCUGAUUCAAUCACUGUUAGUCGAAGUAAAUCGAGGUACAAUACCUUUAACUUUUACUUAAUCAACCAUUUUAGAAGUUCAAAUUAUUAUCAGACAUUAUAAUUAUUUUUCGGUUCACUAAAUUCUUUCAGAAAUAGAAUGUCAUCAGAUGUAUGUUAUUGUAUCGGGGGAAGGCAAUAAAUUACGCUUGUGUAUUGUAAAAACUAAUAUUACGUACAUUUCAUAUUAUAUUUAUAACACACCAUGGAGUCAGAACUUUGUAUAAAAUUAGCC